AGAAUGUGUACUCUUAAGUAAGGUUCCUCAACCCCAGAAAGACUGGUGUGCUAUGAAAGUGUCGGCUGUGUUUGAUAUUAGAAAUACUGAAGAAAAAGAAGAACAAAACACUAAUCCCAAGGAUGAAAAACACCAAAAUUCAAUCUGAUGGCUUCAGAGACUGCAUGUUUGGGGUUGUGGGACUAGUGAAAGGUUGAAGAUGUCUAGACAGAAUUUAGUGGCUUUGACAGUGACCACCCUUCUGGGUGUGGCCAUGGGGGGAUUUGUACUGUGGAAAGGCAUCCAACGCAGAUGGAGAAAGACAAGCAGAGUGGUACAGCAGCAGCAGCAGCAGCAGCAGCAACCACAGCAACAACAGCAGCAGCAACAGCAAGUGCUUGGUAGGAGGGAGUGGCCCCCUCCAGAAGCUGCCCAGCUACCCUUUGGGGGCCUGAGAAUGCCCAGAACCUCAUGGGAAGAGAGGAUACUCCAGGCAGAGGUGGUGACAGUAUCUCAGGAGGCAGAGUGGAAUCAAAUCCAGCCCUUCCUUCGAAGAGAGUUGGCAGAUUUUCCAGUACUUGGAAUCGACUGUGAGUGGGUGAAUUUGGAAGGCAAAGCUAGUCCUUUGUCACUCCUACAGAUGGCUUUCCCGAGUGGCUUCUGUGCCUUGCUUCGCUUGCCUCGGCUGAUCUGUGGAGGCAAAACACUCCCAAGAACGCUCUUGGACAUCCUGGCCGAUCGCACCAUCUUGAAAGUAGGAGUGGGAUGCUCAGAAGAUGCCAACAAGCUUCUGCAGGAUUAUGGCCUCAUUGUAAGGGGGUGUCUGGACCUCCGCUACCUAGCCAUGAAGCAGGGAAGCAGUGUACUCUGUAAUGGGCUUAGCCUGAAGUCACUUGCUGAGACUGUUUUGAACUUUCCACUUGACAAGUCCCUUCUACUUCGUUGCAGCAACUGGGAUGCUGAGAAUCUUACUGAAGACCAGGUAACUUAUGCUGCCAGGGAUGCACAGAUUUCAGUGGCUCUCUUUCUCCAUCUUCUUGGAUACCCUUUCUCUAGAAAUCCCUAUGAGGAGGAAGACAAUGAUCAAAUCAGCUGGCGGGAAGUCUUGGAAAAAUGCAGGGCUAUGGUAGACAUCCCAUUCCGAAGCAAGGGACUUGGACGACUGUGUGAAGAGAUUAAUGCGGAAGCACUGGAAUCUCAACAGAAGCCAAGAAAUAGGAAGGCUAAGCCUGACGGAAUGAUAUCAGGCAACAACCAAGGGAGAGACCCCAGGAAACACAAAAGAAAGCCCCUGGGGGUGGGCUAUUCUGCCAGAAAAUCCCCUCUCUAUGAUAACUGCUUUCUUCAAGCCCCUGAUGGACAGCCCCUUUGCACCUGUGACCGGAGAAAAGCUCAGUGGUACCUGGACAAAGGCAUUGGAGAGCUGGUGAGUAAAGAACCUUUUGUGGUCAGGCUACAAUUUGAACCUGCAGGAAGACCUGAAUCCCCAGCGGAUUAUUACUUGUUGAUUAAAGAGAACCUGUGUGUUGUAUGUGGCAAGACAGAUACCUACAUCCGGAAGAACAUCAUCCCACAUGAGUACCGCAAGCACUUCCCCCUUGAGAUGAAGGACCACAACUCCCAUGAUGUGCUGUUACUCUGCACCUCCUGUCAUGCCAUCUCCAACUACUAUGACAACCAUCUGAAGCAACAGCUGGCCAAGGAGUUCCAGGCUCCCAUUGGCUCAGAGGACGGCUUACGCGUGCUGGAAGAUCUAGAGCUUAGGCAGGUGCGUUCCGGAGCCAGAGCCCUGCUCAAUGCCGAGAGCCUGCCUGCACAUCGGAAAGAAGAGCUGCUGCACACACUCAGGAAGUUUUAUAACACAGAUGUUGUUACGGAGGAGAUGCUUCAAAAGGCUGCCAGCCUGAAGACCAGGAUAUACAAUGAAAGCUACAUUCCUCAUGGACUGAAGGUGGUGCAGUGUCACACUGAGGGUGGGCUGCGCUCCCUCAUGCAGCUGGAGAGCCGCUGGCGUCAGCACUUCCUGGACUCCAUGCAGCCUAAGCACCUGCCCCAGCAGUGGUCAGUGGAUCAUAACCAUCAGAAGCUGCUCCGAAAGUAUGGGGAUGGCAUACCCAUCAAGCUGUCAUGAUUGCUGCUUGCAGGACAGAUGGGAGCUGGAGCCAAGGUCAAAAUUACCUCCUCCUGCUUAAUGUUAUUGGUGGAAGCCCUGGUGGCUGGCUCAGAAUGCUAAGCUACACUAACCCCAGGUACUUCUGAUGGAGCAAGGCUGUAGUUUUAAGGGGAGUCUUUGGUUUGGAAUUUUAAUUGAGGAGUCUAUUCUUUCUCCUCCUUUCUCUCCUGUUUUUGUGUGCAAGGAAAGCUUGGCCUUUAUUUUCACUCUCCACUCUGCUUUUCCUGUUAAGAGGGAAAAUGAAUACUGCUCUCUGGAGUAAAUUGUUGGGCCCUGGGAAGAUGUUUGUGCCUCUCUCGCCUCUCCACUGCAUUGCAUCCUAUGGGGCAGGGAGUUGAAGAACCAGUCAGGCUCAUAUUCCCAGUUCAACCUCAUGGUUUUGAUCUUUCCUGUUUUCUAUAUUCAGUUGUUUGGGGUCCACCCCAAUUGUAUCACUUGGGUUUAUUUUACAUGCUUGAAAAUGUUCCUGCUUGUGUAUACAGGACCAAAGCCCAGCUUGCUUCUUCCCUAUCACAGGGGAAGUCCUUUUCUGAAAAUGGGUUUUCAGCUGGGUGGGGCAGACAAGUAUACACCUUUCUUAGAUACAGCCUUCAGCCUCCCUCUCCUCCUCAGGAUGUCUGCUUGUUGCACAUCUCCUGACUUGCUUCUGAGUCAGUGCCCACUCCCGUCAGUGUUCACGUUCCAUUGCAUUUGAGAUCCUUAGCACUCAAUCCACUCCCAGAGCCAUUUGACCAGGUUACGGUGUGAGGACUUCACCUCCCCUGGAGCCUGGUACACUGAGAUAACUGAUAACAUUAGGAAUUUAAAAAGGGUAAUGUUUCAUCUUUCAAAAUGUUACAGACUACUACUUUGAGUAUGAAAUAAAUUUAUUAGCAAUUAGUAUUUUUUCUAAACUAUUAGGGAAACUUUCUUAUUUUAUAAGAUCUUAACAAGCUUGAACAGAAUUUUAUGGCCAGAAUCCAACAAGAGUUCUAUUUUGGAAUUGUACCCAAGUUGAUUAUAACUGAUCUGUCAUUGAUAAAUAAAACAACUUCACAGCACAA